UCGGUGCUGAAACAUAACACGGUCCUUUAGCUUCGAGCUCUAACAAACACAACAUUAUGUCAGUUUUUAUUCAGUCCGUGUGUGUGACCUGCUGUCAUUGUGAGUAACAGCUGGGGGAGAGGCUGUGAGGCUGUGGAGCGACUUCCGGGCUUGCAGGUGUGCGAUACUCUCUCCGCCCACUCCGGAAAAACUCGUCGUUAUUUUUUAUUUUCCGAGGUGACGUGGACUCGGACCUCUCGUCCUGCAGGACUCGGUGUACCCGGAUAUGAGCGUAGCGGAUCCACUGAUACCCCGCAGGAUUUCCGAGAUGUUUGGUCGUAAGGUUGGAUUUGUGUAGAGGAGAGGUGGAGGAGGUGGAGCAGGUCCGGGCCUGAAGUCUGAGGAAUCCGGGCUGCUUUGGUUUGGCUGGAUCUGCAGCAUCAGCACAGAAGUGACACAGCAGAGAGACUGGGGCACUGCGCGGUGGAAUAGGACACCCGCCAGGUGGCUGUCGGAGGACGAUGGCGCCGCUCCGCGUCUUGGUCCUGUGCUUGUUCUCGGGCUGGGCGGCGGGCUACAAGCAGGGGGACAACGUGACGCUGUACGUCAACAAAGUGGGGCCUUACCACAACCCCCACGAGACGUACCACUACUACACCCUGCCCGUCUGCCGGCCGGACAAGGUGCAUCAUAAGUCGCUGAGUCUGGGAGAGGUGCUGGACGGCGACAGGAUGGCCGAGUCUUUGUAUCACAUCCGCUUCAGGGAGAACGUGGAGAAGAAGCUCCUUUGUCAUCUCACACUUUCAGAGAAACAGGUGGACGAGCUGCGCGAGGCCAUCGAGGAGCUCUACUACUUCGAGUUCAUCCUGGAUGAAAUCCCCAUCUGGGGGUUUGUGGGAUACAUCGAGGAGAGCGGCUUCCUGCCUCACAGCCACAAGGUCGGCCUCUGGACGCAUUUAGACUUCAACAUCGAGUACAACGGCGACUCCGUCAUCUUCGCCAACGUCUCGGUGAAGGACGUCAAGCCCGUGCCCCUGGAGGAGGGGGCGGGCUCGGCGGUGGGCGGCGUCGGGGUGGGCGGGGGCAGCCUGAAGGUCACCCACACCUACAGCGUGCACUGGUUCGAGUCCACCCUGCCCCACUCGCGGCGAAGCGAGCGCCUGCGCGACUACUCCUUCUUCCCCAAGACGCUGGAGAUCCACUGGCUGUCCAUCAUCAACUCGCUGGUGCUGGUGGUGCUGCUGCUGGGCUUCGUCAUCAUCAUCCUCAUGCGGGUGCUGAAGAACGACUUCGCCAGGUACAAUGUGGAAGAGGAGGGCGGCUGCGACGACCUGGACCAGGGAGACAACGGCUGGAAGAUCAUCCACACCGACGUCUUUCGGUUCCCUCCUCUGAAGAGCCUGCUGUGCGCCGUGCUGGGAGUCGGCGCUCAGUUCCUGACCCUCGCUACAGGGAUUAUCUUCAUGGCAUUGCUGGGAAUGUUUAACGUCCACCGUCACGGCGCCAUCAACUCGGCCGCCAUCGUCCUGUACGCCCUGACCAGCUGCGUGUCCGGAUACGUCUCGUGCAGCUUCUACACGCAGAUCAACGGCCAGCGCUGGGUGUGGAACAUCAUCCUCACGUCCUCCCUUUUCUCCGCGCCGCUCUUCCUCACGUGGAGCGUGGUGAACUCGGUGCACUGGUACAGCGGCUCCACGCAGGCCCUGCCCGCCACCACCGUGCUGCUCCUGCUGGGCGCCUGGGUGCUGGUGGGCUUCCCCCUCACCGUCAUCGGCGGCAUCGUGGGGAAGAACCGGGCCGGCAGCUUCCAGGCGCCGUGCCGCACCCGCAACAUCCCGCGGCAGAUCCCCACGCAGCCGUGGUACAAGCACGCCGUGGUGCACAUGGCCAUCGGCGGCUUCCUGCCCUUCAGCGCCAUCUCGGUGGAGCUGUACUACAUCUUCGCCACCGUUUGGGGCCGAGAGCACUACACACUCUACGGCAUCCUGCUGUGCGUCUUCGCCAUCCUGCUCUCGGUGGGCGCCUGCAUCUCCGUGGCGCUGACCUACUUCCUGCUGUCGGGCGAGGACUACCGCUGGUGGUGGCGGAGCGUGCUGAGCACCGGCUCCACCGGCCUCUUCAUCUUCGUCUACUCCGUCUUCUACUACCGGAACCGCUCGUCCAUGAGCGGCCUGGUGCAGAGCACCGAGUUCUUCGGCUACUCGCUGCUCACGGCGCUGGUCUUCUCGCUGAUGCUGGGCAGCGUGUCGUUCUGGUCGUCCCUGGCGUUCAUCCGCUACAUCUACCGCAGCCUCAAGAUGGACUAGAUCUGAGAUCGCGCGCGCACGCGGACAUCGACAUGGACAGUCUUCAUUCUCCUCUUCUUGCUGUUUCACUUCACAAACACUACGUAAGCUCCUCCCAUCGCGGCGGGUGGGGGGAGGAAACGGGGGGGCCUUUACCUUGAUUGGAAAGGAGUCGGUCGAUCGAUUUGAGCAGCUGUCGCUGGUGCAGAAGGAAUCGUUUUCUGAGGACAGAUGAAGGUCAAUACGGGGACGGCGACGUGGGAAAAAAAAAUGGGAUUUCAGUACAAAGGGAUGAUUUUAGUUUGGAUCAGGGAUGAAUGGUUUAGAUGUACGACACGGCGCACGAGCGACCGGCCGCAGCUCACGUCACGGCGGCGUGCGCGGCGUCAUUUACUCUGGGUUCCGCUCGAUCGAUGGUCUAUCAAGGCUGCACAGGAGCCUCAUAUCCAACGUUCCACCUUACCUUAAAAGACAGCCGACUCAUACUGUAGUUCUGAUGAAUUAUGCAGCGGCUGCCAGUGUCUCGACUUGCAGUCUCACCUCCCCUCACACACGGCGGCGGCCGCCUCUUCAGAUUUAACAGAAACCUUGUUUUGCACUGGCCCUGUAAGCCUCCACAUAGAUCUGCAGUGGAUAAGACGAGCGAUGCCUUGUACAUUGAAUACCUGUUGCAAGAUAUUGGUGAUGGGAGCAAUAUUGUAAUUGUACUCUUUGGUCACCACCGACUGUGAUUUUGGUUCUGAUGUAAAUAUAGUCUUUUCAGUAAAAUGCUUUUUAAUACAACAUUGCCAGCAAAAA